GCGCGCCUGGCCAUUAGCGACCGGGAGCUGCGCGGGCGCGAGGGAGUCGGGGCUCCGGGUGGUCGGCAGCAGCAUAGGCGCCCCGCGCAGGCUGGAGGCCGCCGAGGCUCGCCAUGCCGGGAGGACUGUAGCUCCCCCAUGGAGUCGGCCGACUUCUACGAGGCGGAGCCGCGGCCCCCGAUGAGCAGCCACCUCCAGAGUCCCCCGCACGCGCCCAGCAGCGCCGCCUUCGGCUUUCCCCGGGGCGCGGGCUCCGCGCAGCCCCCCGCCCCACCUGCCGCCCCAGAGCCGCUGGGCGGCAUCUGCGAACACGAGACGUCCAUCGACAUCAGCGCCUACAUCGACCCGGCCGCCUUCAACGACGAGUUCCUGGCCGACCUGUUCCAGCACAGCCGGCAGCAGGAGAAGGCCAAGGCGGCUGCGGCCCCCGCAGGAGCCGGCGGCGGUGACUUUGACUACACGGGCGCCCCCGGGGGGCCCGGCGGCGCCGCGAUGCCGGGAGGGACGCACGGCCCUCCUCCUGGCUACGGCUGCGCCGCGGCCGGCUACCUGGACGGCAGGCUGGAGCCCCUGUACGAGCGCGUCGGGGCGCCGGCGUUGCGGCCGCUGGUGAUCAAGCAGGAGCCGCGCGAGGAGGACGAGGCGAAGCAGCUGGCGCUGGCCGGCCUCUUCCCCUACCAGCCGCCGCCGCCGCCGCCGCCGCCGCACCCGCACCCACCGCCCGCGCACCUGGCCGCCCCUCACCUGCAGUUCCAGAUCGCGCACUGCGGCCAGACCACCAUGCACCUGCAGCCCGGCCACCCCACGCCGCCGCCCACGCCCGUGCCCAGCCCUCACCCAGCACCGGCUCUCGGUGCCGCUGGCUUGCCAGGCCCCGGCGGCGCGCUCAAGGGGCUGGCGGGGCUGGCGGCCGCGCACCCCGACCUCCGCGCGGGCGGCGGCGGCGGCGGCGGCGGCGGCGCGGGCAAAGUCAAGAAGUCGGUGGACAAGAACAGCAACGAGUACCGGGUGCGGCGCGAGCGCAACAACAUCGCGGUGCGCAAGAGCCGGGACAAGGCCAAGCAGCGCAACGUGGAGACACAGCAGAAGGUGCUGGAGCUGACCAGUGACAAUGACCGCCUGCGCAAGCGGGUGGAACAACUGAGCCGCGAACUGGACACGCUGCGGGGCAUCUUCCGCCAGCUGCCCGAGAGCUCCCUGGUCAAGGCCAUGGGCAACUGCGCGUGAGACGCGGGGCGGCGGGACCGCCCUGGGCCGGCCGCUGGCUGGGACCCAGGGAGUGGUUUCGGGUCUCCGGAUCUCAAGACUGCCCCAGCGGCGCAGGCCGGGACUAGGAGAUUACGGUGCCGCCAGAAAGCCUGGCCUGCCGCGCGCGCCCCUUGCCUUCCUCUGCGCCAGAUUCGGUGCGUCUAAGAUGAGGGGUCAGGCAGUGGUUUCUCCCUGCCGGAGAGGAGAAGUGCCAUGGGGCUCAGCCGGAAGCCCGGCAGCUCCAGUAUUAAGGAAUAACCUUGUGCCUUGGAAACGCAAACUCACCGCUCCGAUUCCUACCGAGUAGGUGGAGCAAAUACGUGCCUUGUCAUUUUAUUUGGAGGGUUCCUGCCUCAUUCCUGAGGCUGCAGGCCUCCAUGAGAGAAGGCAAUGUGCGGCCUAUGGCAGGAGAAAGGUUCAGGGAGCAGGGAUCCCAACAAGCCAGCCCUAGCCGCUCCUCAAUGCCUGUCCUCGGAGGGGAGGAGAUACAGGGACUUGGAACGUUGUUCCCUUAGUCCUACAUGAAGGUGGAGGGUCCCUAGUUCCUUGCCUCUAAUCUCCCAGCCUGUGACAGGCUGGGCUUCCCUGGGCAGAACCCACUGAGAUGGGGGGUCACCAGGUGACCAGUGGGAGCCCCCUGCCCCCAGUCAGAUCAGAAAGCUAGGUCAUGGGUGAGCUGUAAGGACAUGUGUUCAUGGGAGUGGUGGCCUGGUGGAAGAGGGAAACCCAGAGAUCUGGUCGGGGGUGGGGGUGGGGUGAAGGGACACUGGGACCAUCAGCCUUGUACUGUAUGUUGCCAGCAUUGCAUACAAACAUGAAGCACAAUCUGUCCAUCCCAGAGGGACCGAAGUUAUGAGAAGCUUUCCAAAUAUUUUGCUUUAUCAGCCGAUAUCAACACUUGUAUCUGGCCUCUCUGUGUCCCAGCGGUGCCUUGAGCAAUGUGAAUGUGCACGUCUAUGCUAAACCACCAUUUUAUUUGGUUUUUGUUUUGUUUUGGUUUUGCUCAGAUACUUGCCAAAAUGAGACUCUUUGUCAGCAGCUGCAGGGAGGGUCUGCAGCUCUCUUUCCUUUUGGUUUUUGGGAUUGCUUUUGCUCCCAAGGGAACCAAAGAGGUGAGGUGGGCUUCCUCUUUCCCGGCGGGGGGGGGGGGGGGGGGGGUGUUGAAGGGGGUGUGAGGCUAUGGGCCUCACUCCCCUCUGGCCUGGGCUGCCCACAGGCUUGCCCCCACCAGAGGCCCUGGCUCCUGGUCUGGAGGGAGGCGGCCUCCAGCCAGCACGCACAGAUCGGCGGGGCUGGGAGCAGGGAAGGACAGCUUGGUUCUCUUCUUUGGGGAGAACGCAGAGUUUCAUGCUAGAUGUUUUAUGUAUUAUAUCUAUAAUAUAAACAUAUCAAAGUAAA